CGACAGCGCAUGCGCCCGCCCUGGUGCGCUUCUGCCUCUCCAAGGUUUUCCGGGCCCUUGCGGCGUCCUCCUCGAUCCGGCUUGUGCUUCCGGUGCGAAGGUCACGGACAAGAUGGUGCCACCGGUGCAGGUGUCUCCACUCAUCAAGCUCGGCCGUUACUCCGCCCUGUUCCUCGGCGUGGCCUACGGAGCCAAGCGCUACAACUACCUGAAACCCCGGGCAGAGGAGGAGAGGAGGGUGGCAGCUGAGGAGAAGAAGAAGCAGGAUGAACAGAGGCGCAUCGAGAGGGAACUGGCGGAAGCCCAAGAGGACAGCAUAUUGAAGUGAGCCUGCGUUUCUGCGGAGCAGUGUGGAUGAAUAAAGCUUCCUGUGUUGUGUGA